UCAUUUUGCUCAACUCGAAUAUUGACGACUCCUCGCUACCCACUCAUUGAGUCUUCAAACUCGAGUCUUCAACCGUUUUCGAACCGCAACCCGAUCGAACUCUACAAACUUCACCUUCGAAAGAGAAAGAAAGACACAAUGGGCUGGUUCUGGUCCUCCCCCUCCUCCUCGGCAGCCUCUUCAGGCGACAAGCCCACCGAGACCUCGACUCUCCCUGCCACCACCACACAACCAGCUACUUCCCCAGCGCAACAACGAACACCACCAACACCGUCUCCGUCCCCCGCCGGCGCCUCCUCCGGCGACGCCGAGAUCCAAAAGUUCCUCGAAAUGCUCCAAGGCGACGACGCCACCAAGAAGUCCUCCCAACCCCAACAACCAACACCAUCCCCAACCUCUUCCGAACCAGCAGCAGCAGCGGCUUCCCCCUCCGUCCUCGCAAAGUACAAAGCGUACAUCCCCUUCUCCUCGCUCCUCAUCAAAGACGACCCGGCGGCCCCGGAGCCCGAAGCAGCGCCCAAAAAGACGCUGCGCUCCCCGACCUCCCUCGCCAUGUCCGAGCACACCCUGCCCUCCACGCUCUCCUGCCGGGACGCCUUCGACUACGCCUGGCACUGCCAAACUCCAGGUGCGCAGUUCAACGCCGUGUACCGGUACGGCACCAUGAAGAACUGCAGCGAGCUGUGGGACGAUUUCUGGUUUUGCAUGCGCACGAAAUCGUUCAGUCCGGAGAUGAAGGCCGAGGCCGUCAAGGAGUAUUAUAGGAAGAAGGAGGAGGCCAAGUAUGGAGGCGGACGGCCCAGUAGUGAGGAUGUGUGGGAGAGUAGGGAGAGGAGGGUCGAGUGGGAUAGCGAGUUUAGGCAGUCGUGGGAGGGCCCGGGACAGGUUAGUGAUGAGGAGUUUAAGAGGAUGGAGGUGGAGAGGAGGAGGCAGAUACGGGAGCAACUUGGGUUGGAUGAAAAGUGAGAGAGGAAAUGGGAAGGGAGGGUGUUGAUAUACGAAGUUGGUUUUGGGUGUUGUUACAGUUCUCGAGAUGUCGUUAUUAUCAAACUUACAAUGGGCUCUGUCUAAACUGCCAUCCACGUUGAAGCGGUACCGCCUUGAAGGAUCUUGCAAUGCCGACCUUGUUGAACGACUGACUCUUGCUAUGAUAAUCUUUGCUUCACUGAUUCUUCCUGCUAUCUAUCGUCUUCAACCCUGAUACUCCAGGAGUAGUACCUCAACAGCCAAGCCCCCAACUUGUCGUGACUCCCGUCACCCCUUUUCGGUCUUCAUGCCA